AUGCAGCACGUAGGCGACCGGCUGGUGGCGCUGAUGCACGAGGUGUCAAGCGGCGGCGACUCGACGUCACUCAGUGACCACUCGCCCAACCUGAGCGUGCGGCUGCCGCGCGCGCGCGACUUCUUCACCGAGUCGUACACGUCGAGCCCGAAGCACGGCCGGAGCCGGACGGCGGCGGCCGAGGCGGCCGUCUCGAGUCCGGACCUGACGCCGGGCCACUCGCCGCACGUGCCGCGCUCCGGCUACCUGCGGCUGAUGACGGCGCCGCCGGCCGCCUCCGACGACAACAUUCUGGCCUCGCUGGAGACGGCCUCCUCGCCGACCGGGCCGCGCAAGUCGGUCGGCAGCACCGGCUCCAUCGACUUCAACAAGAUCCUGCGCGACAGCAAGCGCAAGAAGAAGAAGGAGUUUGACUCGUGCCACAACCUGGUGGAGAAGAAGGACGCGGAGGAGGGCGAGCCGACGCUCGGGCGCACCGAGGACAAGUGGACGCGCCUGAGCGGCCGCGUGAAGUCGGAGGGUGACGUGAGCGUCAAGUCGUGCGGCAGCGGCAGCACGCUGACGAUCGGUCGACCGCGCAGCUCCGAGUUCUCCUCGUCCGAGCAGGUGGACUCGGACUCGACACUGCGCGCCGCCGACAGCUACGAGAAGCACAUCGGCCAGCGCAACACGCCGCGCUGGUUCAGCAGCCGCUCCAGCCUCGGCAGCAAGAACUCGCUCAACACGUCGCUGAGCAGUGAGACGAUCACGGCGCGGCCCGAGGCCUUCCGGGCCGCCGGGCCCACCUCGCGGCGCGCCCUGCUCGGCGCCCGACGCUCCUCGUGGUCCCACAAAGACGAGCGGCCGCCAGGCGUCCCGUGCAGGCCAGGGGAGUCGCCGCUGGCAGCGCGCUCGUCGUCCACGCUGGACCGCCGCUCGGUGGCCAGCCUGCCCAUCUCGGAGCCCGACGACGACAUUGACCGCCUGGUGGCUAUCCACCAGCAGCGCUCCUCGUCCCAGCUCUCCACUCUUGGGUCUCGGAGCGACUCACUGGCCAGCGUGUACUCGGCGGGCGAGGCGCGCUACGGCACGGUCCCGGUACGCGGUGACCUGGAGCUGGCGCUGCAGUACAACUACCAGCAGAGCGCGCUCGAGGUCACCGUCAAGCAGUGCCGCGAUCUGGCCGCUGUCGACGCCAAGCGCAACCGCUCCGACCCCUAUGUGAAGGCCUAUCUGCUACCCGACAGAUCUAAGAGUGGCAAGAGGAAAACAAAGACGAAGAAACAUACGCUGCAUCCCGUGUUCGACGAAGUGCUCAAGUUCCCCGCGGUCGUGGCGGAGCUUGACAGCCGCACCCUCUGGGUGACCGUCUGGCACAGCGACAUGUUCGGCCGCAACGACUUCCUCGGCGAGCUGGUGCUGCCCAUCGGGCGCCAGAUGUUCGAGGACAGCAGUCCGCGCUGGUACACACUCCAGGAGCGCAGCGAGAUCCAGGAGGAGAUGGCCGGCCACCACGGCGACGUGAUCGUGGCGCUCAAGUACACGCCGCCGGACGGCAGCCUGGGCCGCAAGGGCCGCAAGACCAAGGGCCGGCUGCACAUCAUGAUCAAGGAGGCCAAGAACCUGGCACCGGUCCGCACCAACGGCUCGGCCGACCCCUUCUGCAAGUGCUACCUUCUGCCGGACAGAAAAAACAGCAAGCAGAAGACGUCGGUGGUGAAGCGAACCACGUGCCCGCGAUGGAGCGGCGCCCUCACCUACGACAACGUCAGCCUGGGAGAGCUGCGUGAGCGUGCGCUCGAGCUCACCAUCUGGGAUCACAGUCUCACCUCCAACGAGUUCCUCGGCGGUGCCCGCUUCAACACGGGUUCCGGGAAGCAGCACGGCAAGCCGGUGGAGUGGAUGGACGCGGCCGGCCAGGAGGUGGCGCUCUGGGAGCAGAUGAUCGAGCGACCCGGCUACUGGGUCGAGGGGGCCGUGCCGCUGCGCUGCUCCAUGGAGCGUGCCGUGCCCGUCGACAAGUGACUCACGCCGGCCGCCUGCGGCCCACCCGCACCACAUCAGGAUCUCUGCCCGCUACUAGUGUCCCCUUGUAGUUAUCUGUCGGGCCAGGGCGGGCCGUCGGUGGCGCCCGCGGCGCCGUGCGACCCUCGGAGUCAGACCGGCGCUCGCUGAAGCCGCCGCCGCCGCGCCGCGGCGGCGGCCUCAAUGUCAGCAGUCUGCCCCGGGCCGGAUGUGUUCCAUGUCGGCCGGUGUGGCGCCGCCGCAAUGUGUCAUUCCAGUUGUGAUUGGGCCCGGAAUGCGAGUGAUUUCCUAUGGUGAUUCUGGAGCGCGCGCCGCUCGCGGGCGAGUCCGCGAAGCGACCACGCGUGGACGCGUCAUGUCGUGGCACGUGCCGACUGCCGCACGGGCCCGGACGGGGCCCGGCCGGGCCGCGCGCCGGCGGCGGCUCGUGUUAUCUGUGAUAGCCGGCGGUGCGGCGCGCGGCGAGCGGUGGGAGCGCGCGUGGCUCGCGGGCGCGCCCGGCCGACGCUGUGUUCUCCUGCUGGUCGUCAGCCCGCCGGCAGCGAUCCCGGCCGCCGCGUGCUGCCCCUGCACUGUAUCUGUGUCAACGCUGCGUCCACAUAUAUAUGUAUAUGUAAUACAGUAUCAUCGUUGA